CUUCUAGGUUUAGAUUAAAAAUGAAUCUUCAAACACUUCAGUUCUCAAACCUCAAUCCCACACCUUUCUCUUCCCAUUCAAAAUUCAAGAGUAGGUCAUGUAAUUUCCGGAAAAAGGUCUCUGAAUCAUCAAUUGUUAUGAAAAACAAUGGUCGUUUGAGUAGAAUUAGGUGUGAUGGCGGUGGUGGCGUUGAAGGGGAAAAAGAUGAUAAAUUUUAUAUGAGAAAAGCUGUUGAACUUGCAAAGACUGCAAUUGGAUGUACAAGUCCUAAUCCAAUGGUGGGAUGUGUUCUUGUUAAGAAUGGGGAAAUUAUUGGUCAAGGGUUUCAUCCUAAAGCUGGUCAGCCUCAUGCUGAGGUUUUUGCAUUGAGGGAAGCUGGUGAUAAGGCUGAGAAUGCUACUGCAUAUGUAAGUUUAGAACCUUGUAACCAUUUUGGGAGGACUCCGCCGUGCUCUGAAGCGUUGAUUCGAGCUAAAGUGAAUCGAGUUGUUGUGGGAAUGGUGGAUCCAAAUCCAAUUGUUGCUUCAAGGGGGGUUGAGAAACUAAGGAAUGCAGGAAUUGAUGUUACGGUGGCGGUCGAGGAAGAGUUGUGCAAGAAUCUAAAUGAGGCUUAUAUUCAUCGAAUGCUUACCGGGAAGCCGUUCGUUACACUGAGGUACUCGCAGUCUGUUAAUGGGCAAAUUUUAGACAAAGUCGGGUUAGCUGCCAAGGAACCUGGUGGUUACUACUCGCAGUUACUACAAGCUUAUGAUGGUGUCAUCCUGUCUAGUGGCUCACUGACUGGGGACUUCACCUUCCCUACUUCGCAAGAGCCCCAAGCUAGACAACCCUUGCGGAUCAUAGUGGCAAGAACUACAGAUUCUCCUGUGCAAAUCCCCAUCCUAACUGCUGAUGCAGCAACGCAGGUGAUUAUAUUUGCGGAGAAUGAUGUGGUCGUGAAUACUGAAACAACCAGUCAAGGAGUUGAAACUGUGAUUAUGGAUAAGGUAAAUUUGAAUGCAAUUCUUGAUUACUGUGCUAGCCGUGGAUUAUGCAGCGUUUUGGUGGAUUUUGUUGGGGACUAUAAAGAUCUUGAAGAACUUGUUGAAGAGGGUCUUGAGCAAGGUCUGGUGCAGAAAGUAGUGAUGGAAGUAUUGCCAGUUUGGGAGGGAAGAAAAGAGAGAGAAAUUCAAACAACGAAGAAACUUGAAAGAGAAGUUCGUAAAUUGAAGAAACUACAAUCUAGGAUCUCAAAUGAGAGUGUUUUAGUAGAGGGAUAUUUUUGACCGAAUAUAUGAAAAUCAGUAUCCCAAUUCCCGUUUUUCUUCAAAUUAUUUGGCAUUGUUUUUCUUUGUUGAGUAAAUAAAGCAGAGGCAAUUUUUGCUCUUCUGAAAAAUAGAAAAUGAUGCAAGCCUUUUUUCUUGAGAGUGUAAACAGUAUUUUGAUUUUUGGGUAGUGCGUUUUCGACAGAACAUUUUCCU